CACACUAGGCGGUUUGUUAUUAACGUGAUUUUUCAUUUUAAGGAUGAAUACAAUUCGUCCAUGUGGCUGCAAGGGCGUGCGAACAUGUUUGGGAUGCGAGAAGGACUUUCAGAUAACAAAGCCAUCGCUGCAGGAGCAGUUCCAACAACUGGAUGCUUGGACAUACUGCGUUCACUGUGAACUUUUACAGCCCGGUUGGGAUACCUCCAAAGUGCAAAAAGAUCAUGAGAAUCACAAAAAGGACGAAGGUCUUCCUCUGCCGGGCAUCCUGGUGCAGGAAGGAUUUCUUAGCGAGAAGGAGGGUUCCCAACUUAUAGCUGACUUAGACGCACUGCCCUGGGAUAUUUCGCAGAGCGGAAGGCGCAAACAGAACUUCGGCCCCAAGACGAAUUUUAAGAAGCGGAAGCUUCAGCUGGGUUCAUUUGCUGGAUACCCCCGAACCACGGAGUACAUUCAGCGCCGAUUUGAAGAGGUUUCCCUGCUCCGUGGCUUUCAGACAAUCGAACAGUGCUCAUUGGAGUAUGAGCCCACCAAGGGUGCAAGCAUAGAUCCCCACGUGGACGACUGCUGGAUCUGGGGCGAACGAGUAGUGACAGUUAACUGCCUUGGGGACGCCGUGCUCACCCUAACUCCCUAUGAAGUCCAGCAAGCGGGGAAAUACAAUUUGGACUUGGUGUCCCACUACGAAAAAGAACUGAUGUCGCCGCUGCUAACCGAGGAUCAGCUGGCCAAGUACGAAAGAAAGGUGCUGCGCAUACCUAUGCCGAACCUCUCGUUAAUUGUUCUGUAUGGACCGGCGAGAUAUCAGUUCGAACAUUCUGUUCUCCGCGAGGAUGUCCAGGAACGACGGGUUUGCAUUGCUUACAGAGAGUUCACGCCCAUGUAUAUUAGCGGAGAUGACAUUCAAAAGGGUGACCCUGUGAGGGAAAAGUCACAGAUAUUUUGGGAAAUAAAGAAGCCAACGGCUGUGUAAAUCUUAAAA